UAUCAACCUAAAUGUAUCUCUAUGACAAUAAUCCCAUGAUGAUUGUUUAAUUUUCUUGCAUAGUUAUUAGCUUGCUCUCAAUUGUCGGAGUUAUCAUUGUAUUUUUACUUGGAAAAGGUUGGAAAUAUUUCAUUGCUACGUAAUUUUGUUAAAUUAUAAUUAUUAGCAUCUUCUUUACAUAAAUCAUUAGCAUGCUAUUUUUCUUUGUACCACAAGUACUAACUCCAUUUUUUUUUAAUGGAAACCCAAAAGAUCAAAAUGAUGAAAUUGAUCGAGAUUAUAACAACGAAUUCUGUUAAUUCAAAAAUGAUCUUGAAAAUAAAUAAUUUUGCAUCAAUCAAACAUGUAUUAUUAUAUUAUAAUAUAUAAGUUUGCAAACUUUAAGGAUAUUUCGUCAAUUCAUCUUUUUUGGCAUCUACUUUGAUUUCUUUGUAUUCAUGCUAUAUCAUUAAAUAAACUUUGAAUGCAAAUCCUAAAUUUGGAAAAAACAUUAAUUAAAUUUAUAUAAUACAUUUCAUAAUUGGAAUAGUAACUUUUAUUAUUUGUUUACCUAUGCUUAUUGUUGAUGUGGAAUUUUAACAUUAUGGAACUUCAUGGAAUAAAGAGCUUGUAUACUAUAUUUGUAAUCUGAAAGUCUCAUCAGAUUAAAUUAAUACUUAAAUGUUAUUCUGGGGCUAAUCAUUUUUUACAUUCGCAUUAAUAAUUCUUAGUUUAAUCUUUCAUUAUUCUGUAAGUAAGCUAAAAAAAAAGAUUAAAAAAAAGUUUGUAAAUGAAUUUGAUUCAUGUUCCUCAUUAAAUCUUUAUGUAUUACCAAUAACAUUACUUAUUUUUUGGACAAUCAAUAUGAUAAUUAAACUUUUUGAUUCUGAAAAGAAUUUUAUUAGAGAAUAGGGAAAUUUUGUUUAAGGCUUAUUUUUCUUUCCAUAACUAUUAUUAGCAUUAUAAGGAUUUAAUUAUGCAUCAUUAUUUUUUUAUGCAUUCUACUAAUAAUUAGUGCCAAAUCUUCCAAAAUCAUUAUAAAGUACUUAUAUGUUCUUUGCAAAAAUUAGUAUUUAUAAUUGCUUUUUUGGAAAAAUAGCAGUAAGAAAUUAACAUUGAAUUUAGGAAUAUAAGAUACCAAAAAAUUCUUUACUUUAUGAUGCAGAUUCAGCUAAAGACAGUACUUCAUCAAUUAUAUAGAAAGAUGAAUCUUCAACAAAUCGAUGA